CCCCCCCCAACAAAAGGCGACAUUUCGAUCCGACCAGCUCCCCGCCGCGAUGUCCUUCCUGGCGCGGAUCCUCCACCGGCGCCGUGAGAGCGGCACGGUCAAGGGCAGCGCAAGCUUUUGGCUGUUGGUGCUUCUGUACACCAUUCAGGGCGUUCCUCUCGGCAUCGUUCUCCAGUCCAUCCCCUUCCUGCUGCUGGAGUCUUUCAAGGCCACCGACCCGAAGGCCGGCGCGGCGACGGACUUUGCCGCACUCAGCAUUUACGCCGCCGCAUCGUAUCCCUACUCUCUCAAACUUUUCUGGAGCCCGAUCGUGGACUCGGUCUUUUCCAAGGCGGUCGGCCGGCGGAAGUCCUGGAUUCUGCCGGCCCAGGCGUGCGUGGCGAUCUUCCUGUUCGUCCUCUCUCGAUACAUUGCCCGGUGGAUGGGAUCGGUGGCCUCGUUCCAGGCUGACGCUGCCCCUCCCGGAGGGGUGGCCAUUGUCCCACUUACCCUGGUGGCAGUGGUCAUCGUCACGGCAGCCGCCACGCAGGACGUUGCGGUUGACGGCUGGGCGCUCAGCCUACUGAGCACCCGGCAGCCGACGCCCGAUGCCCCCCCGACGCCCCGGGCGGAGGUCGAUCCUCACACGAUCGGGGAUUGUGACCUGGCCCCAGCCAGCCCGGCCCUCAGUGCUGGGUGCACCACCAAACGCCGAAGCGCGGGCUUGCCUGCCUCGACGAGCCCCAGCGAGGCUCCACCCCCGGCCCCGGCUUCCAGGCCGGAAGCGCCGCCCGAGCACCUGUGCACCGAAAAGCCCGAGGUCGCGGAGAACCCCACCCUUGCCUAUGCAGCGCUCGCCCAAACCAUCGGUCUUCAAACCGGCUCCUUCGCUGGGUACACCAUCUUCUUCGCCCUCAGGAGCGCCAGCUUUUCGGACACCUACGUCCGGCCUCUCCUUCAAUGGUUGCCUGGCGGCUCUUCAUCUCCAGUCUCGCCGGUCACACAGGGCAUCACCGACCUCGAGGGGUACCUCGGGUUCUGGGCAGUCGCCUGCCUCAUCAUGACUCUGGUCGUGGCCAUUUGGCCAGAGGGGGGUCGUGACGCGGAUGAUCUCCCCCAGGGCGGGGUGCUCUUCACCUAUCGGCAGAUCUGGAACAUCACCAAGUCCCCCAACAUGCGUCACCUGCUCCUGUUCCUGCUGCUGGCGCGCUUUGCACACGCGCCCGAGGGGACCAUGUCUGCGCGUCUCGUGUCACGCGGGGACAUCGCGACCACCCGCUUCGCCACCGCGGCGGUUGUCCACUUUCCGGCCCAGCUGCUGGCGAGUUGGUGGGCUGCGCGGUGGUGCUCGCAAUCCGCCUCUGGGCCGGACAGCGCCUCGAAUGCCAAGCGCAACCCCCUAGACCUCUACAUGCGAGCAUACUCGGCCAAGUUGGUUCUCAUCCCAAUCGGCCUGUACUUGAUCUAUUCGCCAGCCAUCGGGGCCUACUCCAUGGGCCCUCCCAGUCAAUCCGGGGCAUUUCUCCUGAAUGCCCUUCUCCAUUUGCACAGCCUCCUGGGCUCGGUGGCCACCUCCGUUCAGUUUAGCGCCCAAGCCAUCUAUUUUGGUCGCAUCGCCGACCCCGCGAUCGGGGGGACUUUCUUGACCCUUCUCAACACUUUCUCCAACCUCGGCGGCACCAUCCCCAACACCCUUUUCACCAGUCUUGUCGCUCUGCUCCAGCGACUCACCGGGACUCGGCAAUAUGCGGCUGCCGCGGCAGCCAUGGCGACUUGGCUUCCACUCGCCUCCUCGACCGCCAAUGGGAGCCCUGUCUUCCAGACUGGCACCUGGAGCUGGGGCCGCAUCUUGCAGUUCCGGCAGAUGUUUGGUCUGCAGCCAGAUGCCUUCCUGGCCGCGGCUCUCGGCGUUUGGCUGCUGGGUGUUUUCGCCAUCCGUCCUUGGGCCAAGCGGGUAGCCAUUCACCUCGCCAAGGCAAAGGCCUGAACAGACACAUGUGUCCGCGCGCACACACCCACACACAGGGCACCUGUGUCUGUUCCUUGUACAAAAGUAAUAAAUAGAAAACACGUCCUGACGCAAA